AAUGUCGAAUAGUUUGCCUGCACGGUUACAUGGUGAUCAGCCCAGUCGUGUUUCAAUGUCUGAUUCUCGUUUAUUUUCAUUACAUCAGCUUGAGGUUUUCUAUAAAAUAAUCCUCAGGGGAGGAUAUUCGAAUCUUUUCAUUACCUGUUCUGAAAGAAAGCGUGGACGACAAACAUAUACCCGCCACCAAACAUUAGAGCUAGAGAAAGAAUUUCAUUUCAAUCGAUACUUGACAAGAAGACGACGAGUAGAAAUUGCUCACUCACUUGGACUCAGUGAGCGUCAAAUAAAGAUUUGGUUCCAAAAUAGGAGAAUGAAAUUGAAAAAAGAAAAUCGACAAAUAGAAUCCUUAAAAUCAGAUGAAUUCGAGUAAAAUGUUGCAGUUGAUAUUGUAUUCUCUUUCACUAAGUUUUUUUUCUAUGAGGGUUUGUGUCUUAUUACUGUCUUGUAUUUGAUUAGAUUUUGUUUAGUUUCACCUCAAACCUUAAAAGUUAAGAUAUGUAUCUAAACUAUUUUUUAAUACUAAAAAGUUCUUGUUUAUACUUUUAAAAAAGCCAGGUGAAUACUUCUAUUGAAGAAUUGUAGCGUAUGCGAUCUGGCUAAAAGUGAAGUACAGAUGUAGUCUGAAUUAUGUUCUAAGGUUCGUUAUAAAUAAAAAUAACAAGUGAUAAAUAUAUGUAGCGGCUGUCUAAAGCGCAACUCUGUCUAAAUGAGACUGCAGCUUAAGAUUAAGAUCUUGAAUAUAUUAUUAAAAUUGAUCAGAGCAUGAAAGUCGAAUAUGUACGGCAUUCACAACUGACUAUGUACCCUGUAGAACCGAACUUGUGAAAUAAAUUUAACCACAAGUUAGAUUUUCAGGGUUCAUAGACAGUUGUAUAAUUCUAUCCUUCUCAAAAUCAAAUACUGUAAUGUAUGAUGACAGUUUCGGAGAAAAUAGACGCUAUCUUUCUUAAAGUGGACAUUAUUUUGGAGAUAUUAUGACAUAACAAUAAUAGUACCUUGCUUUCUGUAUUAGAAAAGUUUUAGCGAGUAUAUUUGGGAAUAAGUUCCUCUUUAAUUUAGGCUAAAAUAAAUGUAAAAAAAUGUAUUUAUGUGGAAAGAAUCAAAACGAUGCUUAGCCUUUAAUUAUAUGAAAAUUAUACUUUAUUUUGUAAGUCUUUGAGGGUAGUGUGUUCAAAAGUGCAGAAAAAGCUAAAUUCUAAUUAGAAAAUAGAUAACACCCAAACUCCAACUCCAUUUUGAAACGUCACGCAUAUAUUAUGAACAAAAUCACAUGAUACAGCAUCUUACCACAAUGGUAUGUUGAUUUUUGGCUCCCUCUGUGCAUAUAAGCUUCUCGAAUUUUGUAGUCUUGAUCAUGUAAAUGGGUCAAUUUGCCAAGUUUUAUCAUUUAAAUUAGUAUCUGUGCUUUAGUGUAUCCACAGUUAUCAUGGACAUCUUACAGUCUGUUUAUCAAAAUAAUAUCUGGGUCAAAAGAGUAGCUAAAGCAAAUUCCUGUAUAAACGGACAGCCUGAAGAAAAAUAUUUUUCAAAUAUAAAGUCUUUUUAAUUGCUUGUAUAAAGUAAUUUUAGCUCAUUUGAAAUGGUCAAGCAUAGCAGGAUAUGUUAAUGUUGGCUAGUAACGAUCUAAAUUACAAAAGUCCUUACUAUAUGCACAUCUUUUUAGAUCAAAUAAAUGAAUAAUUACGAUUAAAUUUAACUAGAAACCAAGAGAAGACAGAGAAAAUAAACGAGUUCGUGAUUCAUUGCUGCUUCCAAAAUUUGGGUCAACGGUAAAUGUGCCGAAUGUUUGGAGGUCAAGCUAUGAAUCCAAAGAAGCAAUUAUGCUCUUGAGGAAUGACUCUAUCUAUUGAAGUUAAUUAUUUAUAGACUGUCUUUUAUUAAGAUAAACGUUGACCUACAUUACGUUCGAAUGUAAUGGUGAAGGAGCGCAUUUUAUCCUUAGGAAAAAUAAACAGAGCGGGCAAAUCAAAUUUAGGUUAGUUAGGUCACGUAUAUCCUAAAAAUUACUGUGUAAAGCACAUUUUCUGAUUUGUCAAACCAUG